GCAGCUAGAACAAAAAUUUUUUCACUGUUAAAUAGGGCAUUGUUUACACUAUAUAUACCGCUAUUCAAAACAGAAAAUUUCGUACCUACGAUUUUUUCAGAAAAUGCCGCCUAAAUGCCCACUGUGCACUUUUACUCUAGAUACAUACGCAGAAAAUCCACGACAUACCAAUCUUAUUACGUUUAAUUCUUACAAGUUUUCAGUUUAUGCUUUUACCCAUACUGUAUUACACGGCGGCUCAUUAAAAAUAAAUUUUAAAAUUAAGCUUCUAAGAGACAGGUGUCAAAAAUCAUAUUAAAGAACUUGAAUGCAUUCAAGUAUCCUGUAUCAGAAUACACUACUGAACAGUCAUCAGUAAUUCUUAUCUACAAACUUAUUUUCAGAACCUUGCAUAACGAGUUUAUGUGUUUACAGUUUUUUUCACUCCUAGGUGACCAUUUUCACAUUCGACAUAUCCUAUCAGAAACUUUUCCAUAUUCGCGUACUUUAAAUGAAACCUGUCGGAAGUGGCUUCUUUUUACUUCACAAUUAAAUUUUAUCGUUCAUCAUACUGCUCUUUCUCGUUCCAAUCAUAUCAUUGAGAAGAACGUUGAAAAACUGACCAAACUAAUUAUAUUCAUCGAAUUGGAAGAGUGUGAAGACAUCUCGGAAAAACUAUUUUAAUAUGUUUUAUACAAUAUGUUCAAAAUGACCCAAAAGUAGACUAAAAGAAAAUUUUUAUUCUAUACAAAGCCAUGAAAAGAACAUUUUCCUUUUUAGUGGCUACAUUGUGUUAUGGAUGUGUAGCGUCUACUUUGUACGGUAGAAAAAAAGGUGAAAAUCGGUAGAAUGAGAUGAGAUUAACUUUUUUUCACUUAUUAAUCAUUUUCCGUACUAUCUCUUUGAUAUUGAUAAGAAAGCUAGAGCCAUGACUUGAACCAAAGAAAAGGUUAACUUCAAAAUCAUCAAAAAAUAUUUGUAAUUACCUUUUUCUGCUAAUAUAGUCCACGUAACAGCGUAUAAAACUUGUUUUCAUUGAACCCUUUUCAAAUGCACAGUAUAUCAGCCAAAUUUGCAUUCUCUUUUCUCGUUACUGUUCUUAUACCCUAAUUACAUUUAAUAUUUGAGAUGCUGCUUCACUGUGAUCGCUCUAUGCUUACUCAAAAUGACGACUACGAACAAGGUAAAUAUGUUCUUUAUCAUCUCUCAUGUUUGUUCAGUUACGCAUCCCAUGUAGUGUCGAACUUUUGAAUAUCUAAACGAACAUCAUCAAUAAAAGGAUAGAAAGAAUACGAAAAAGAAUAAAAUAUAUUUUGCAUAAUGCAGUUUCUGAAAUAUUUUAACCUAUAUUUUAUAUGAUACGCAUUGCGCAGAGCCAGACUUUAGAAAUGUUUUGUUAGCUAUUUACAGAAAUCGUUUGACGUUAAAAUAUCUUUUUUCUCUAUAUUUAGGUGGAAAGUCGUAAAUCCGACUCUGUACUACACUUCGUCUAACGAGGUGACAUUUUGUCACGAGCCCGGCUCCCUCGAUUACUCUGUGCGCGGAAAAGAAUCUUGACUAAAUCUGAUGAUCAGAAGAAAAUUUGAUUGUUAGAUAUGUGCUGGAGUCGAUGUUUGUGUAUAUAUUUCAGGGUUAUAAGUUUAAUGAGACACAAAUCAACAACGAAUAUCUGCACGUGCUGAAUUGGUUGCUUCGUAUACUUAAUAACAUGCUUAAAAGUGUUUUAUCUAGUUCAUUCAGCUUUUAUGAGAGUAAUGCAAUUGGUCGUCUAUUAAAUCGAUUUAGUAAAGAUCAACAAGUUGUUGAUGAAUUCUCACCAUUGACAUUUUCGAAUAAAAUUCAAUUAGGAAACAAUGAGACAUCUAUUAUGAAAAAGACUGAAAUAGAACGGGAAAAGUACGAAAAGAAACAUGAACAUGUUAAUACGUGGAAAAUAGUCAUUAAAGCAUUCUGGAAAGAAGGUUUACUAGUUGUUCUAAUGUUCUUUCCAUUUGCUGGUAUAAAAGUAGUACAAUCAUUAUUUCUGAAAGAAGUGGUCCUUAAUAUUAGUGAUUCAAGUGCGUCUUCAUAUGCGAUUUAUUUAUAUGCCAUUGCAUUAAGCUUAGCAACAAUUUUAAAAGCAUUUCUUAAUCAACAAUUGUUUUUUCGUGCAUCACGAAUUGAAACUCAAUUACGAAAACAACAACAGAUCAAGCCCGUAUAUAUAUAUUAUCUAUGGGGAGCACCAUUAGAAACACUCGUUGUCUUCGGUUUCAUCUGGAAUAAUAUAGGUAUCUCAACACUUUUCGGCUAUGCCGUAUUGGUACUUUCGGUACCAAUACAAUUAGUUUUUAGUAAAAUAUUUACAACAUAUAGAAAAAAUACUGUACAGUGGACUGAUGAACGAAUAAAAGUAAUACACGAAAUUUUGGUUGGUUGUCAAAUUGUUAAAAUGUCUAGGUGGGAGGAAUCCUGGGAAAAUGUUGUUUGUGAUGCAAGAAAUAAUGAAUUUAAUAGUAUACUUAAAGCAAGUAGUCUUCGAGCGACUAAUAUGAUAGGUAAUAUAGUAAUGGAUAAAGCCUCAUUCACAUGGGAUUCUGCUAAUUCGCCUGCAUUAAUUGAAAUCGAUUUGAAUGUAAACACUGGUUCAUUAGUUGGUAUUAUGGGAACAAUCGGCUCGUGUAAAUCAUCUCUUUUGCAAGCUAUACUAGGUGAGAUGUCCCUUGUCCAAGGUAGUAGUAAAAUAUUUGGUACACUGGCAUAUGUAUCUCAAACAGCAUGGAUAUUUGCUGGCACAAUACGGGAAAACAUAUUGUUUGGAAAAUCAUUUGAUGAACAGAAAUAUAAAGCUGUAUUGAAAUCAUGUUGUUCAAUUGCUGAUUUACGUACGUUCCAAGCUGGCGAUUUAACAGUAAUAGAGGGAAAAGGGGUAAAUCUGAGUGGGGGACAAAAAACACGUGUCUCGUUAGUCAGAGCUUUAUAUACAGAAGCUGAUAUUUAUUUAUUUGAUGAUCCAUUAGCAACAGUUGAUCUAGUAGUUGCUAGAAAACUUUUUAAACGAUGCAUCAGUAAUGAGGGUAUGUUAAACGGUAAAACACGAUUGUUAGUUACGCAUCAAAUACAACUUUUACCAAAAACUGAUCAUUGUAUUUUAUUAGAUUAUGGUAAAAGUCAUACAAAUGGAAUUAAAAACAAUAGUGAGCGAAAUGAUAGUAAUGUGGACGAUGAUGAUGAUGUUCUUGAUUUACCUCAAACUAUUGAUAAAAAUAGUAUUAUUAAAGAUGAAGUAUCUGUGCACGGCACAAUAAGUGGUGAUGUUUGGGUGAAAGUAUUUAUUUCUGGUUAUGGCUGGAGUGGAUUAUUAUUAUUAGUUUUUUUAAUGUUAUUGGGUGAAGCUGCUAAUGAUACGACUAACGUAUGGUUAGGUUUAUGGUCAUCAAAACCAAAAACAGAGCAACGUGAAAGUUACUACGCAUAUACGUACUUAGGAUUAGCAAUUGGUAUCGCUUUAAUUCGAACUGAUUAUUUUUUUCAAUUAAUGUUACGUGGCGCAUAUUUAUUGCAUAAUAACAUGCUUAAAGGUGUUUUAUAUAGUUCAUUGAGAUUUUAUGAGAGUAAUCCAGUUGGUUGUAUAUUAAAUCGAUUUAGUAAAGAUCAACAAGUUGUUGAUGAAUUGUUACCACUAACAUUUUUUAAUACAAUUCAAUUAUUAAUGAUGGCAGUAGGUGGUGUUGCUAUUAUUGCUAUGACAAAUCCAUGGAUAACUCUAAUAUUAAUACCAAUUAUUCCAACACUUUUAUGA